AUGGUGUCUGGGGAUACAAAUGCAAGCAAAUCUCCGCUUGUCUCUCUGAUUGCGGGAGGACUCGCGGGCGGCGUCGAGAUUUCGAUCACCUACCCUUUUGAAUUCGCAAAGACACGCGUACAGCUCAAGGACGAAGGCGCCACCGCCGCGCGCAACCCCAUCGCCGUACUUAGGGAUGUCAUCCAGAAGGAAGGUCCCCGGUCGCUGUACAAGGGCUGCUCGACCAUGAUCGCCGGGACCAUCGCGAAGGACGCCAUCCGCUGUGUUUCUUUCGACACCAUCAAAGAGCAGUUCAAGGAUCCCGACACCGGCACUCUGUCUCCUCUGAGGAACCUAGGAGCCGGCAUCUCAUCCGGAAUUGUCGCCAGCACCUUCGCGGUCACGCCAAGCGAGAGAAUCAAGACCGCGCUGAUAGACGAUGCGCGCAACGAGAAGCGGUUCCGCAGUGCGUGGCACUGCACGAAAACGCUCGUAGCCGAACAUGGCUUGAUGAAGUCCUUGUAUCGUGGAUAUGUUACCACGACCAUGAAGCAGGCUAGCUCAACCGCCGUUAGGCUGGGCGUCUACAAUAUCCUCAAAGACUUUCAGAGGGUCAGAGAUAUACCUCAGAAUACGGCGACGAUAUUCGGCAACGGAGCGGUCGCGGGUACACUUGUUGUUUUCGCCACGCAGCCCUUCGACACGCUCAAGACCCGAGCUCAGAGUGUUCGAGGCGCCGGAAUCGUAGAAGCAUUCACAAGUAUCAUCAAAGACUACGGCGUCAAGGGCCUCUGGCGAGGAAGCACCAUGAGGCUUGGACGAACCGUCGUUGCAGGUGGCAUACUCUUUUCCUCGUACGAGGCUAUUGCAAAAAUGAUAAGUCCGAUCGUGGACAAGGUGCCUGCGGCACUUUGA